GUGCGCGCGCUAAUAGCUGGGCCGUCGGCUUGCUGGGCUGCGUGAUGUGGCUGUGGUUCUAGUCGCGAGCGCCCGACUUUCCACAAAGAGCAUCGCCUGAACAUCGUGAGAGCAAACUUCCGGAGAUCGCUACUAUUAGGAGACGUGCAGAGAGGAUUGAAGUCAUUGGAAAAUCUCGACGCUUGCUGUCCUGUUUGUAGGUGAAGGGGGAAGAAGAAGAAGUGCGCGGAGUAAUAAUAACACAAAAUCAACACGUAGCCGGUGGGAUUUCAGAGUGAGAGCCAGUGAGAAAGAGAGACGGACGAUUACAAAACAGGCAAGUGUGGAGCAAAUAUCUAACGGCUUCCUUACUGUUUUAUGUGCAUACUGUAUGUGGAGGACUUUUAAAUAACAAUCAUCAACACGAGACCCUCGUCUUCUGUGCUGGAAAGUGCAUUUUUGAAACGGGAAUAAUGAAGAACGUUUGGAUAAUCCUUACACUCAGCCUGGUGGCGUCUGUAUCGGGGGAGACGGUCCAAGGAACCUCAGAUGAUAAAACUUUGACAGAAGAAAAAGAUCUUUACCUUGAUGACGGCUCGGGAGGUUAUCCUGUAGAUGACGAUGACUUCAAUUCAGGGUCAGGUUCAGGCAGCGACGUCGUCGUUGAAGAGGUUGACACUGUGAGAAUACCUAAUUUGUAUCCAAAGAUGCAACCGACCAGGGACUCAACUAAAGUCUUCACACCAAAAGUUGAGACGUCAACAGCCAAAGUCAGAAUCAUUCCGAAGAAGCCUACCAGAACAGAGCAACCAGAUGUAAUCGCAGAAGAAGACCGCAGUUCAGAUGACCUCAUUAGCACAACUAGCAAACCGUCUAAGACAGCAAGCGGCAAUGUGAACACAGAUGUAUCUGCAGAGAAACAUCCAGAAAACCUCUUCCAGAGAAAAGAAGUCUUGGCAGCUGUCAUUGCAGGUGGAAUCAUUGGGUUCCUCUUUGCAAUCUUCCUCAUCUUGCUGCUGGUGUACCGCAUGAGAAAGAAGGACGAAGGCAGCUACGACCUCGGCGAACGCAAACCUUCAAGCACCGCCUAUCAGAAGGCUCCUACCAAGGAGUUUUACGCGUAAAACAAACGAGAAAAAAACAAAACACAAAAAACUGUGCAGGGUCUCUUAUAGGAGAUUAAUGAACUUUAAAUAAAAAUAAACACACAACGUUAAAAAGAGCUUUCGCAUAGAGUAAUGAAGACCGUUUUUUUUUUUUUUUUUUUUCCCUUUCCUUAAAAAGUCAAGAUGGUGAUUUUAAUGCAAGUCCCAACGUAUUUAAAUAUUUCAUGUAUUCUUUGAAAGGCUGAAGACUAAGACAGAAUAUAAAAAAUAAAAAAUCGAACAGUCAGAGUGGUGCAUCUCACAAGCCGUUCGUUUCUCCUGACUGUUUUAUUUUUUUGUUUUUGUUUAAAGUGGUACGUGUACAAAGACAAUGGAGAUUGAAUAUAAUUGUUUUGUAUCUGUCCUGUUUUUUUUUUUUUUUUUUUGUACCUAUUAUUUUUUUUUUGGGUGGGGGGGUUGUUCUUUUGUUCAUAGCAUGUCGCAAGGUGUAUUUCUUUAAUUUAUCUGUUUUUCAGAUAUUAAUUGCCUUUUUUUUUUUUUUCUUUUCACUAGUCUUUCACGGUGCAAUUUUGUCAUCCAUGGAAAAAAAACAAAAUAUAUAUAUAUAUAUCAAAUAAUAACUUUGAAGUGUAAAAGUAAUUUCUCCCUAGAGGUGCUUUGUAACCUUUUGUUCUCUUCUUUAUUAAAAGUAGGAGUCCCACUGUGCUCCCUCUCUUUCUCGGGUAAUGUAGCUUGUGACGCGUUUGCCACAGCAGCAGCAGCAGCAUCAUCAUCAGACGUACGAAUUGGCCCUGACCACAAAAAAAAAAAAGUGACGUCUCUUAUCUUACUUGGCGACUCUUCUGACGAGAGCUACUGACACACCUAAGGAAACCCAAAGACUUUUUAACAGUAUUCUUAAAGAGAGUUCUUACGGCCACAGUCCUGUCCCUUUUCCAGUAGACCUUUUUUUUUUUUUUUUAAUACUUUGAUUAGAGACUGAACAAAUAUGGAUCCAGCUGCUUAAAAGUACACAUAUAAAUAUAUAUAUAUUUACAAAUGUUUUAAGCCUUUGAAGUGCCUACCAUUCUGAAUUGUGCUUGUUCUGAGAGAUUUCUGUAUAACAAUGUAUUACGAUGAUUUUUUGCUGGCAUUUUAUAAGCACAGGCAAACUGUAAUGGUAACUUUUGUAGUCUUAAAAAUAAAAAGAAGCAGACAGUAUUGUAUCUAUAAUUUCAAACACACUACUGAAUAAACAUUGUGGCCUAAUACUAA